CUGGUGUCUCACGUCUCACACCAACGGCAGAGUCAGAGAAAGAGACAGAGGGUUACCGGAGAUGGCUCCCAACAACGGCAGUGCCACAGCCGAGGGGCAGGCACAAAGCCUCCCACCUCCGUUAUCAGAAACUGGCUACGAUGAUGAAGACGAUCUGCGGUGUUGCGUGUGCGGCUACGACAUGCCGUUCGACGAUAACGACAUCGUGGCCUGCAGCGGCUGCCCGGUGGUCGUACACCAAAACUGCUACGGCAUCACCGUCCUGAACAAGAACGGCGACUGGGCGUGUUCGCACGACCUUCCGCCCACCACGGCCCUGCAGUGCGAGCUGUGCCCUUUCAAAGGCGUGUCUGCUCUGGCCUUAACCUCCGACGGGAAGUGGGUGCACGGCCACUGCAGCUCUUGGCUGCUCAAGAUGGAUCCGGACCAGCACGAGAACAUGGACAUGUCCGUCAUCCCGGUGCCCGAGAAGUGCGAUACGUGCAACCCGCACACGUGCUCGAACUGCAUCAUCUGCAACAAACCGAACAAGGUGCAGCGAUGCCUGGCGGACGGGUGCAGGAACCACUUCCACCCAUGGUGCAUGUCUCACCACUCGGGACUGCCGGAGAAGCUAGUGUACUGGGGGCACGUCAUGCUCAACUCGGACAGGGAAUCCCUGAUCCCGUACCACUACUGCUACGCGCACAAGCACAAAGUUCCGGACGUCUCGAGUCCUGAGGUGCACUGGCACCUUCCCAGCAACCAGAUCACCAGGAACCGCCGAGCGACGGAGAUGACGGAGGAAAUGCUACGGCUGGGAGACAUUGCCAAGGCUAGGAAAACCCUUGACCAGCCGGCGGCGACUGAGUCAGGGCCCGCCGGAGACGAAAUGAACGCCGAAGUUGUCAGGAUGUGCAACAUCGCCAUGUCCAAUGCUGCGGGGCUCCGUGUAUCGAGGGCUCUUCACCCCUCCAUGGCCGUCGCGGCCAUCGUAGCAAAGAGGAUCGCUAGGGGGCAGAAAGGCCGGGAUCAAAGGGUGCAGGUAGCCGAAGAGCUAGCGCUGUCCCUGGCCGAGAUGCAGUUCGUGUGCGCUUACUGGCUGCUCUACCUCGUUCCGCAUACCCAGAAGUGGCCUGCCAACGUCGAGAGACACGCUCGAGAGGUUCAGGCCCACCUCAGCGCCCUCCGAUCUCUCUGCCGGGGUUUGCUAGAGAGGGUCAGGAUCGGUCCGGAUCCCUUAGAGGGGGCGGGGGCCGGAGGGGACUGGAAGCAGAUCAGGACCGAGAAUCGGCUGAGGGGGUUGAGGGGGAGGGACGAGAUUAUCGCCAGGGAAGAGCGCUGCGUGAUGUGCAUGGUUCAUACCCAGCCUAACGGCGAGGACGGCAAGGAGUAUCUGCCGAUGGUGUGCAAGGGCUGUGGGAUGAAGAGGCACGGCGGGUGCCAGUGGAUGUGUGUCCGGAGCUCGGUGUGCGGCCUGUGCGAGCAGUCGGACGUGCUCAGGGAGUUUGUCAGCAACAACGACAUGGCCGCGUGUGGAUAG